AUGCGCACCUGUAUCCUCAUUUCCACUGUCGCGCUUCUCAACUGGGGCUCUACUGUCUCCGCAUUGGCCCACCCUGGAGCAAGCGGAAGACUCGCACGAGGCCUUGAUGGUGUCAACUCGCGGCAGAUCCACAACAACGACUACGCCGGAGGGCAACCCAACUCUGGAACCGAUGCACCUGGCGACUCAGCCCCUCCCAGCGGUGAUGUCUCCCGCAAAAGACAGGCGCCAGCCAUAGGGAACCCUGCGGCGGCGGUAACCUCCCCGAUUAAUACGGCAACAGCCUCAUCGUCUGGAUCGUCUUCUAUAACGACAACGACGGAGACUACCACCACGACACAGAGCGCUACUCCCUCCGCAAGUAACCCCCUCGAUAACGUCAAGGGAGUGGCGAAUAAUGUUAAACCAUCUCAAUCGUCUGAGUCUUCAUCCACAACGGUCACGUCUUCUUCUUCUGCGGCCGCCAGCACGACUCCGGCAGGUAACCCCGCUCAACAAGUCGCCAAGGCUGCAGAGGAAAAGCUGGCAGGAAAGGCGUCGUCGUCAGAACCGACAUCUGCUUCCGGCACUGCGACCUCUUCUGAUAGUGCCAGCGCGACUCCGCCUGCCAACGCCCUGAAACUUGCUGAAGCUUUGGAGGACAAACUGGGAUGGAAGUCAACAACGGAAACGGAAACGGAAUCGGCAUCUGCCUCCGGAACUGCGACCUCCUCUGGCGAGAGCACCAGCCCGACUCCGCCUGCUCAAGGGGCCGGCGUCGGGGUGGAAGGGGUGGUAGGAGGAGCGUCGGGCCGGUGA